AUUAAAGCUUUGAAAGGUUACUUAACAAUACUUUUCACAAAUAAGUUUUGUAAAUAAUGUUCAUUAGAUAAUCGUGUGUGUACACACUCCAAUGCAAUAGAACAAAGCGUGAUGAUUCUAUUUUAUUAUUCCUUGUGAAAUUUGUUCAUCUAAAGUGACUACGAAUUUUCAGAGGCAUUCAGCUACGGAUACAUUUAGGAUUUCUACAGCAGUGUAAAGAAAGAUGGCCCAGAGAUUUCCUGUGCCAAAUGCAGGAAGCAAUGGACCACCUCCGCAGCGAUAUCCAUCACCAUCGGUACCACCGAAUUUGCGUCAAUAUUCUGGUCCAAAUUUCCCGAUGCAGCAGAGAUCUGGAUUUACUCCGCCACCGCAGAUGGGUAACGCUGGGCCUGGCCCCGGCGGAAUAAUGCGACCAAACCAACCUUACUCGAAUAUGCGCCAAGGUCCAAUGCCUACGCCGCCCGUUGGAAAGAGGAGCGCGGAUCAACGUAUUCCUAUGUCGCAACAAAAACCGUAUCAUUUUUGGAACAGUGAUUUUUCACAUUCCACAUCAAAGAAAAAGAAGAAGUUGGCAGACAAAAUAUUGCCACAGAAAGUGCGCGACUUGGUACCGGAGUCACAGGCUUACAUGGACCUGCUAGCGUUCGAAAGAAAGUUGGACGCGACUAUAAUGCGAAAACGCCUCGAUAUUCAAGAGGCUCUGAAACGUCCGAUGAAGCAAAAGCGAAAAUUGCGUAUUUUUAUCUCGAAUACAUUUUAUCCGGCUAAAGAGGCGGGCGAGGGAGAGGAAGGAUCUGUAGCGUCCUGGGAACUUAGAGUCGAGGGACGUCUUUUGGACGAUACUAAAAAUGAUCCCAAUAAGGUAAAACGAAAGUUCUCGUCUUUCUUCAAAAGUUUGGUAAUUGAAUUGGAUAAAGAUCUGUAUGGCCCUGACAAUCAUUUGGUCGAGUGGCAUCGUACGUUGACUACGCAGGAAACGGAUGGAUUUCAAGUUAAAAGACCAGGCGACAAGAACGUUCGCUGUACAAUCCUUCUUCUUCUCGAUUAUCAGCCGCUACAGUUUAAAUUGGACCCAAGAUUAGCGCGAUUAUUAGGUGUGCACACGCAGACACGACCCGUCAUAAUAUCCGCACUCUGGCAGUAUAUAAAAACGCAUAAGCUCCAAGACAGUCACGAGAGAGAGUUUAUCAACUGUGAUAAAUAUUUGGAACAGAUAUUUGCUUGCCCGCGAAUGAAAUUCGCCGAAAUACCGCAACGACUAAAUCCAUUGUUGCAUCCACCUGAUCCCAUUGUGAUAAAUCAUGUUAUAAGCGUGGAAGGUACAGAAACGAAGCAGACCGCGUGCUAUGACAUCGACGUGGAAGUGGACGAUACAUUGAAGACGCAAAUGAACAAUUUCUUGUUGUCAACAGCGAGCCAGCAGGAGAUUCAGAGUCUGGACAACAAAAUUCACGAAACCGUCGAGACGAUUAAUCAAUUGAAGACCAAUCGCGAAUUUUUCCUAAGUUUCGCCAAGGAUCCGCAACAAUUUAUCAACAAAUGGAUCAUCUCUCAGACUAGAGAUUUAAAGACCAUGACCGACGUCGUCGGCAACCCGGAAGAAGAACGGAGAGCUGAAUUUUAUUAUCAGCCCUGGGCACAGGAGGCCGUGUGUCGUUAUUUUUACACGAAAGUGCAGCAAAAACGAGCAGAGUUGGAACAAGCGCUGGGUAUCAGGAACUCGUAAAAUCAUCGAAAUUGUACUUGAUCAUUUUAUCAUAGAACCAUGUAAAAUAUUCGUAAGUGUUCGCCUUUAUAUAAUUAUUGCGAUAUGUAAUUGCUAUUAUGGCUUAUCUUUCAAAACAUAUUUGUAACGUUAAUGUAGAUUAUGCGAAAAAAUUGCAUUUACUACUAUAUAAAGCAAAUUUUAUGCCUGUGUGAAAAUAAAAAUAUAAUGAAGAAUUUCUUUUUCACGUAUGUAGUUACGUAAUACGAAUAUGUUACAAUCUCGAUUAAAUUUUUGUUGUAAAAUUCAAUAGCGAAUUUUGAAAUGAAAAGGAUUAAUCGAAACUGCA